GGUGUGCAAUCCUCUUUCCCCUGCUUUCCUGGUGACAGGGCGUGGGGCGAGAGGUCUUGGCUGUACGAGUUCAUGCCAUUCAGAGGGAUGUACUACGAUGUGAGGCGUAGGCUGCCCUUCUACGCUUCGGACUGGACCUCGGCCUUCCUUCCCAAGAAUUGGUGGACCAUCCUUCAGAGCAUUCCAAGGCUGUAUUUCAUCAACUUAAUGCCUGCGAUAGCCUAUCUCCUCGAUCUCACCCACCGCACCAAUGGCGCUUACGGUAUCAACGAAGUCAUCAUCGUCACCGCCUUGCCUCUCGUCGUAUUCUCGAUCUUUUCAGCUCAGCCACUGACCAUUGUUGGCUUCACUGGUCUUACAAAUUUGGUGUGCUAUACACAAUACACCAUCGUCGUUGGCCACUAUGGUCUUAGUCAGCUAGACUACCUGCGAGUACAGGCUUGGGCAUUCAUUUGGGCGGCUGGGUUCCACUUCAUUGCCGCUGUGUUUAAUCUAUGCGACUUCUCGCGCUUCAUCACCGACAUGACCUCGUCUACUUUUGGAUUCUAUGUCGGAAUCGUGUACAUUCAAAAGGGGAUCGAGAUCUUGAUUUUGGAAUUCGAGCCAGCUCCGCUCGACAACGCGACUGGCUGGCUGAGCGUCGUGGUGGCCAUGCUUUUCGUGAUCUCUGUCUACCUCGUCAGCAAGGUGGCCAACACCUCUGCACUGCCCUUCAAGCUUCGCUCUUUUGUCGGCGCUUUCGCUUUCGCUGCUGGCUGCUUGGUCUGGACAGGAUUCACUCACUUUCCGGAGAAUAGUCUUAGGCGCGUUCCACUUGAGCGUCUGCCAAUCACAAAAAGCUUCUUCCCGACGCUGGACAGAUCUUGGUUCAUCGACUUCUGGAACAUCGAGCUUCGGUGGGUAUUCGUGGGAGCCGGCUUUGGAUUUGGCAUCUUCCUUCUUUUCUGGUUCGAUCACAACGUAUCCUCCAUUAUGGCACAAGGUAGACAAUUUCCUCUCAAACGGCCAGCAGGGUUUCACUGGGACUUCUUCCUUCUCGGCGUCACCACCCUCGUCUCUGGCUUUCUAGGUUUGCCAGCGCCAAAUGGUCUUGUGCCACAAUGCCCAUGGCACACCGACUCGCUCUCCGUCUACAAGCAAGUGGAUCCCGAUGCUGCCGCUGAGAAUGAGGAGAAGGACCCUAAAGCCACGUCAAGGCAGCGCCGAGCCCCUGCUACGAUUGUGAAUACGCGCGUCGUCGAGCAGCGCGUCUCACACUUGAUAGUGGGCUUGCUCACAGUCGGAACAGCUACGCGCCCACUCCUUGUGGCCCUGGGAACGAUGCCGCGCGCCGUCUUUGCCGGCAUCUUCAUUCUGGUGGGAUGGGCAUCCAUAGAGGAUAACAUCAUCACCACCCGAACAUUGGCACUUUUCAGAGAUGACGCUAUGGCGGAUCCCAAGGAUCCCCUCCUAAAGGUCCGCAAGUCUAAAAUCUUCCUGUUCGUCGCUAUUCAGUGGCUAUUCUUCGCCAUGACAUUCGCCAUCAGUCAGACCAUUGCCGCCAUCGGAUUCCCAGUAAUCAUCAUUUUACUGAUUCCUUUCCGCUACUACUUGGUGCCGCGAUGGUUCUCCCCUGCGGAGCUCAAGAUUCUGGAUGCUCCAACUGCCGACUCUGACGUCGUCCUCGCCUCUAUCGGACAUUCAUUUGGUGUCACUGGAGCGGGCGAGCGAGUUGCACGCGACACUGGCAUUGCGGGCGAAUUGUGGGACGGCUCGGAAUUUGACGACGACGAAUAUGGA